AUGAUCAGUAUCGUAAAGGAUAUGGUGACUUAUGUUGAUCGUUCGCAGCUGUUCAAAGAAGUGAGGACGUUCCGCCAUCAGCUUAUUCUGGGGCUCGCGAUCUCGGACUUCUUCAUGGCCGUCAACUUCUUGUCAUCAUGCGCGGCAAAUUUGAUUGGUUAUAAUAUCGGAAAGCAUCAAGCAUUCUGCAGCUUCAACGGCUUCAUGACACAGUUCUUCGUCGUGCAGACUGACUACUGGGUGAUGACUAUUGCGAUCUGCACAUUUCUGAUUCUUGCGAAUUACAAACAUCAGGUGACCUGGAUGCAAAAACACCGGAUCCUACUGUGGUGUCUACCAUGGGGAUUUUCAAUUCUGUGGGCUGCGCUGGGUGUCGGGUUGGAUGGCUACAGCGACAUUGGAGCUUGGUGCUGGUUUGGCUCCGACAGAACUAGACUUCUAGUCAACUUUGUCCCCAGAUGGGUCAUCAUAGUCGCGAUGCUAGGCCUCUACGCCCAUCUUUAUCGCAUCAUUCACCUCGCACAUGAGCAAUUCAUCUCCUUCCAAGACGAGAGCUCGUCGCGUGGCCUCGCCGGCAUCUCAUCAGAAACCGAGAACGGUUCGUCAACGCGGCGCAUCGGCCGCCCUUCGGCCUCUAUGCACAUAACCAGCAAAGAUGGUACAAUCGAAGUCGAGCGGUACGGAACCAACGGAAAAACACACGCAGACCGUCCGAGCUCUGUGCUGAAGAAGCUAGCUAAACAGAUGAUGUACUAUCCUCUUGCGUAUAUGUUGAUCUGGACAAUUCCGACGUCCAUCCGGAUAUACCAGAGUGUAAAAGGGGUGCCAGCGCCUUUUGGCAUUGCUACUGUCGACAAGGCAUGCAUCGUAAUUCAAGGCUUCGCGGACGCUAUCAUCUACGGCUUUAACGAGUCCUCGAAGGGCGUAUGGCGCAACAAAUUCCGCAAAUCGCCCCCAGUAAUGGACGUCACGCCUAUGCAAGUGAACGUUGAGCAUGAGAUUCGGGUGGAACGUCUCUCGACGAUACACACUGAAAGCGGAAGAAGCUCCGUCUACAUCGUGUGA